CGUCAUUAUUUGAUCUCGUAUUCUUCCGUGUUCCCAGUUCUUCUGAACGCGGCAUCAGUUAGAGAUGGCGUCCCUUUUGCAGCCUGACAGGGUUCUCUACCUAGUUCAUGGAGAGAAAAAGAUCCGAUCGCCGUUGUCGACACUUUAUUUUUGCCGGUAUUGCAGUGAAUUGCGUUCCCUAGAAUGUGUGUCUCACGAGGUGGACUCACAUUACUGUCCAAGCUGCCUGGAGAAUAUGCCUUCAGCAGAGGCAAAGCUGAAGAAGAACAGGUGUGCCAACUGCUUCGACUGCCCAUGCUGCAUGCACACCCUGUCCACCCGGGCAACCAACAUCCCAGCCCCUCUUCCUGACGACCCCAGCAAGACGGCCAUGAAGAAGGCCUAUUACCUGGCCUGUGGCUUCUGUCGCUGGACGUCCAGAGAUGUGGGCAUGGCUGACAAGUCUGUGGCCAGUGGAGGAUGGCAGGAGCCGGACAACCCUCAUACUCAACGGAUCAAUAAACUGAUAUCUGAAGGAAGGUGAAGACCAGAAGGAGAUUAACAUAGAACCAGCUCAGGCCUUAGAUGAGGUGGAGCCACUGCCUGAAGACUGCUACAACAGACCCAUCAACCUACCUGAGGUGACCACCUUGCGUCAGCGGCUGCUCCAGCCUGACUUCCAGCCUGCCGGAGCCUCUCAGCUCCACCCCAAACACAAACACCUGCUCAUCAAGCGCUCUCUGCGAUGCAGGAAAUGUGAGCACAAUCUGAGCAAGCCAGAAUUCAACCCAACUUCAAUAAAGUUCAAAAUCCAGCUGGUGGCUGUGAGUUACAUCCCUGAAGUCAGAAUAAUGUCCAUUCCAAACCUGCGCUUCCAGAAGGAGUGUCAGGUGCUGCUCACCCUGACCAACCCAGUGGAGAAUAUUACCCACGUCACCCUGGUGGGCUGUGAGGAGGGAGACCCAGAGGACAUCAACACCACUGCUAAGGUGAUGGUUCCUACCAAGGAGUUGGUCCUGGCAGGGAAGGAUGCUGCAGCAGAAUACGACGAGUUGGCUGAGCCUCAGGACUUCCAGGACGACCCAGACGUGGUGGCCUUCAGGAAGUCCAAUAAGAUUGGUUUCUUCAUCAAGGUGGUCCCUCAGCGCGAGGAGGACGGGGAUGUCACGGUGUCCUUUAAGAUCCGCCACGACUUCCGCAACUUGGCGGCUCCCAUAAGGCCGAGCGAGGAGGGCGAUGCCCCCACCGAGGCCAUCUGGCUCACACACCACGUAGAGCUCAGCCUGGGGCCGAUCAUAGCGUGAAGAGCUUACACACACACACCGAAUAAAUAUAUUUUACACACACACACACACAUAAGCAGAAACUCAAAAUACACAUAUACUAAGUAUACAAAACAUUAAGCUCUUUCCAUGACAGACUGACCAGGUGACUCCAUGUGAAAGCUAUGAUCCCUUAUUG